UCUUCACCCAUAUCUCAUUCACUCAGGAGAUCUCUCUCAAUCGCAUUGCACGACCCGGCGCGGAAGGAGCGCGCACCCCGCGAAUCCUGCAAAAUCAUCGGCCCAGGCAGCAGCCGGCUUCCAUCAGAAAAAAGGUUCAUCUGAAGUCGUUCAAAAUAACAAUUGCAAUGGUGAACAUUGUGCUGUUGGGAAAAACUGGAUCAGGAAAGAGUGCAACAGGAAACACUAUCCUGGAUGAGGAAGUUUUUGAAGCAAAGUUUUCUUCUAAAUCUGUGACCAAAACAUGUAAGUCAUAUCAUGGAGAGGUGAAUAGACAGAAAAUCACAUUGAUCGACACACCAGGACUCUGUGAUACGACAAUGUCAACAGACGAGAUUAAAACUGAAAUAGAGAAGUUAUUUAAUCACUCUGGUGAUGGUGUUGAUGCGUUCCUGCUGGUGAUCAGAGUGGAUGUGAUAUUCACACAAGAGGAGGAGAACACAGUGAAAUGGAUUCAGGAGAACUUUGGAGAAGAAGCCACAAAAUACACAAUGGUGGUGUUUACUCAUGGAGAUGCAACAACUGAUUCAAUUCAGGACUAUAUUGAUGAGAAUGAAAAGCUGAUGUCACUGGUUAAUAAGUGUAGAGGAGGAUAUCAUGUUUUUAAUAACAAAGACAAAGAUCGAUCUCAGGUCACUGAACUUCUGAGAAAGAUUGAAGAAUUAAAGGAGAAGAAUCAAAGUAAACACUAUAAAAGGGAGGACUAUGAGAAAACUCAGGAAGAAAUUCGGCGCAAAAAAGGUUUAAUUGGAGCAGCAGCAGGAGGAACUGGAGGAGCAGGAAUAGGAGCAGCAACAGGAGCAGGAAUAGCUCUUAAGACAGGAGCAGUUGCAGUUACUGUGGGGAAGGCAGCUGCUACUGGGAGCAUUAGGAGUAGGUGUUGUAGGAGCAGCAGUAGUUGGUGUAGGAGUGUAUUUAUAUUGCGGAAGUAAAACAUCCUCUAAAAAAACUGAUAAAAAAGAAGACUGAGGCAUGCGUCUUUUAAAACAUGUUCAAGGGAUUAUAUGAUAUGGAUAGAAACUCUUGAGAAGCAAUAAAUCAAUAAAUCAGUUCAUGUACCAGUUAAGAUUUUAUUCAGAUAUUCAUUCAAUAUUUUGUUUUAAAUAUAAAUGAGUAUUUCACAAUCUAAUAAUAGUGUCUUUCAUUAUCAGA